AUUGUACUGUUUUAUAUAAAAAAAAAAUUAUGGGUUUUUGAUUUUAGGCUAUAUUGGAUAAUGGGUAUUGAAAAAGAUUGAAUCUUUUUAAGUGGGUUUUGGUUUUUUUGGAAUAUUAAUUCUGGGUUUUUAAUAUAAGUUAGUAUUUCAUGAGUUUUGGGGGUUUUCUUGAUAACAAUCACGCCGGCGACGUUGGUGCUACCGGCGGCGGUGGUGGUGCUAGAAUCGUCGCUGAUAUCCCUUAUAAUAUUCGCUCCGGCACCGGUGGCCCCAUGUCUCAGAAAUCCAUGUUUUCAUCACCUGGACUUUCACUUGCACUUCAAACAACUAUGGAAGGUGGUGGUGGGAUUAGUGAAAUGGGAAGAAUGCCGGAAAGUUAUGACACCGUCGGUGGCGGUGGUGCACGGCGGAGCCGUGAAGAUGAACAUGAAAGUAGAUCAGGCAGUGAUAACAUGGACGGUGGUGGCUCCGGUGAUGAUCCUGACGGCGACGACGGAAAGCCACCCAGAAAGAAAAGAUACCACCGUCAUACUCCUCAACAAAUUCAAGAACUUGAAGCAUUGUUUAAAGAGUGCCCUCAUCCUGAUGAAAAACAAAGAUUGGAGCUAAGUAAAAGAUUAUGUUUAGAGACUAGGCAAGUUAAAUUUUGGUUCCAAAAUCGACGUACCCAAAUGAAAACCCAAUUAGAGCGGCAUGAGAACUCGAUUCUUAGGCAAGAAAACGAUAAGCUACGAGCGGAGAAUAUGUCGAUUAGGGAGGCAAUGAGGAACCCGAUGUGUACGAAUUGUGGUGGCCCGGCUAUGAUAGGUGAUAUUUCAUUAGAAGAACAACAUCUUAGGAUUGAAAAUGCGAGGUUAAAGGACGAAUUGGAUCGUGUUUGUGCCCUUGCCGGAAAGUUUCUUGGCCGGCCGGUGUCUUCGAUGGCUCCUCCCAUGCCGAACUCGAGUUUAGAGCUCGGUGUUGGUGGGAACCAUUUUGGUGGCGGUGGUGGUGGGGUUCUUAGUUCGACUACCUCGGCAAUGCCUUUAGGAACACCAGAUUUCGGAGUUGGAAUUUCUAGUGCUUCAUCGGUUUUACCGUCUUCAAGAGCUAGUAAUAGUGUGAUGGGGAUUGAUCAUUCUCUUGAGCGGUCGAUGUAUCUUGAGCUUGCUUUAGCUGCAAUGGAUGAAUUGGUGAAAUUAGCCCAAACUGAUGAGCCACUUUGGAUGCGGUCUUUAGAAGGGGGUCGUGAAAUUAUGAACGAAAAUGAGUAUUCUAGAGCCAUUACUCCGUGUAUAGGAAUCAAACCAAAUGAGUACGUUUCCGAGGCCUCAAGGGAGACUGGAAUGGUGAUCAUCAAUAGCAUGGCUCUUGUCGAAACACUCAUGGAUUCGAACAAAUGGGCAGAAAUGUUUCCAUGUAUGAUUGCUAGAACUUCAACAACAGAUGUGAUUUCAAAUGGCAUGGGAGGAACAAGAAAUGGUGCACUUCAAUUGAUGCAUGCCGAGCUACAAGUUCUUUCCCCAUUGGUUCCGGUCAGGGAAGUAAAUUUUCUUCGGUUUUGCAAGCAACACGCAGAAGGUGUGUGGGCGGUGGUUGACGUGUCAAUCGAUACAAUCCGAGAGAACGCACCGACUUUUAUUACUUGCCGAAGGCUUCCUUCUGGUUGUGUUGUACAAGACAUGCCUAAUGGCUACUCCAAGGUUACUUGGGUGGAACAUGCGGAAUAUGAUGAAAGUGCGGUUCACGAGCUUUACCGCCCAUUGGUUCGUGCUGGUAUGGGAUUCGGUGCACAAAGAUGGGUGGCUGCCCUCCAACGGCAAUGUGAAUGCCUUGCGAUUUUGAUGUCUUCUGCUGUGCCCACUAGAGAUCACACUGCCAUAACUGCGAGCGGGAGGAAAAGCAUGUUGAAGCUAGCACAACGAAUGACAGAUAAUUUUUGUGCCGGGGUAUGUGCAUCCACCGUGUAUAAAUGGAACAAGCUUUGCGCAAGCAACGUUGAUGAAGAUGUUCGUGUCAUGACCCGUCAAAGCGUUGACGACCCAGGUGAACCACCCGGUAUCGUUUUAAGCGCGGCUACUUCGGUUUGGUUGCCCGUGUCUCCUCAACGACUAUUUGAUUUCCUUCGUGACGAACGGCUAAGAAGUGAAUGGGACAUUUUAUCGAACGGUGGACCUAUGCAAGAAAUGGCGCAUAUAGCCAAGGGCCAAGAUCACGGCAACUGCGUGUCGCUUCUUCGUGCUAGCGCAAUGAAUUCUAAUCAGAGCAGUAUGUUGAUCCUACAAGAAACAUGUAUUGAUGCAGCGGGGUCGUUGGUAGUGUAUGCUCCGGUGGAUAUUCCGGCUAUGCAUGUUGUGAUGAAUGGUGGUGAUUCCGCUUAUGUGGCUCUUUUGCCAUCAGGUUUUGCUAUCGUCCCAGACGGGCCUGGUACACGUGGAGGGUCCGAGACGGAUAAUGGAGGAGCUGGUGGUGGUAGUACUGCUGCUGGAUCUCUUUUGACUGUUGCGUUUCAGAUCCUUGUUAAUAGUCUUCCUACAGCUAAGCUUACGGUGGAAUCAGUCGAGACAGUUAAUAAUUUGAUAUCGUGUACGGUUCAGAAGAUUAAAGCGGCACUUCCGUCUGACAACUAAUUUUAUGGUGCUAUAGGAUCGGGUGAAGGAAAUUAUUGGGUAUGAUGAAUCAGUAUCCGUCAUACGUAAUAAUUUUUUUUGGGUGGUGUGUGAUGGGAGUGUAAUGUGAAUGAUACUAGUUUUUUAAAAGAAUUUUUGGUGAGUCAAGAACGAACCGUGCUUGUCAACCCUUGCUUUUCUGUAAGAGCAGCCAAGUCUUUGGCUUUUUUACAGCAAAGCAAAGGUGGUGGUUCGGGUAUUGACUCCGUCAACCCGGUCGUGUCGGGUCUAGUUGGAUUCGAUAAUGUGGCUAUGUUGAAAGUGUGAUAAGAAAGGUAUUUCAGGUUUUUUUUUUUUUUGGGAUAAAAUUCUUGUAUGAAAGGCUUACUCAUGGGUUUUUGAUAUUAUAACCAAUCUUAAUUUGUGGAUUAUUUA